GUACUCGAUGACUCUGGCCCUUUGUGGUGCCUUCGCAAUGCCAACGGUCUCACCGGCCACGUCGACAGUCUCUACCUCGCGAUGCAGGAGCCUGUCCUUUUUGCGCACUCGGAGCAGAUGCAUUCGGCCGUCGUGUCCACGCCGCAAAAGACUCGUGCUCCGACCUCCAGUUCGGCUCUUCUGCCGGCCGAUUCACGCGCAUCGAAUCGCCCGAAAAUCGUCAGAAUGCCAUCUUCGCCAUGUCGGUCGGCCUGUUGCCUCUCCUCCUCCUCCUCCUCCUCCGUCUCGUCCUGCCCCUCUCCCAGACCGCACAGCAACCAUGCCAUCAAAACCGGCUCCAGCUGCAGCAGCCUCUCGUCCACCCAUCUUCCGUCUACACGCCGCACCGUCUUGCUGCAUCAACAUCGUCGCACCGACACUCCAGACCCGCCCGGCCGCCAUACCGCAGCUGCUCGACCAGCCUCCAGCCGCCGCCACUCCUCCUGCAACGCCAAACUACGCCCUCGUCGCCACCGAGGCCGCCAUCAUCGCCAUGCGACCGGCGAUCACGACGUCUGCCGCCGCGACAGGCCGGAGCGCCAAAGUGACGGAUACUCCAGCGAGACCAGUCGCUCCGGAGAGCCGUUGCGGUCGGGGCGGGCUCGAACUCGUCGCCAGUUUCGUCACACCCUCCUGCCCGAUCUCGGCCCAACGGCCUACACUUCGGGCUACCCGGCCGCUCACAUGCCGCCCUGCAUGUUCUACUAUCUGCCCAGUUUGGCGCAGACCCCGAUGCUACUGCCGUCGCAGACGAGCGGCCAGUUCGCUCCGCUGCUGACUCCUCAGACCGCCGGCCUGUCGCCCUCCUUCAACGCGUUCGGCGCGACCAUGCUUCCGCUACAGCCGAUGGCCGGCGCCUAUCCGCUGCCGUCGGAAUUGUGGGAAAUGCGGAACGCCUCCAUUCCUUGCGCAUUCCCCCUCGGCAACCCAGCCUCGCCGAGCUCCGUCGCCUCGGUGCCCGAAAAGUCGGCCCUUUUCGCCACCUCGACGCCACAGACACCGGCUUCCGCAGUCUUCUCCACCUGCCCCGGGGCCGUGCAGGACGUCUUCAGGCUGCCGCAGCAACAACCUGUCGUCAAGGGCCACGGGGACCGCCGAAGUGUGUCCCAGUUAAGAGGUGAGCCGGCACCGAGAGCUGUGGCAUGCGGGCCUGUUCGCGUAGCCACGCUGUCGCGUGAUGCUGCCGCUUUCAAGCCUGCCAAUGGAUGGAAUGGCCAACUCUUUACUGCGCCAAUUCAUUCCAUGACACUCGGCUACGACGCCCAUGAGAACCGCAAGGUCUGGCCCACACAUGCUAUGUCGUGA